ACACGAUUAGCCAGAAGCUGCUUCGGCGUUACGUGAGACGGACGGAAAAGUUUUCGGUACAGAUAGAGUCACGUUUUGAUAUUGAGUUUGCCGUCUAGGGAAAGAGAGAAAGGUGAGAGCGUUUUUCCGAACAGAAGUACCUUCAGUUUUGGAAGCAGACGACGUGCUGUUGUCGUGAGGUUGAAAGCCACAGACAGACGCACACAAUCGAGCCAGAAAACGGAAAUUCAUAGCGCAGUUUUGUUGUAUCGUUUCUGCAAAGCCAAGAAUAUUUCCAGUGAGAAGAGCGACUCCCGGUGUUCAGAACUCAUAUUAGUUGGGAAAAAGACGUUCAUUGAACUUUAGUAGAUCGUCCUUUCGAAAGUCAAGGUCCACCGCUAUAAACACAUAUUCGAGCCAAGUUGCAGACGUCGCAGACAGCUCCAACGGAGAAGUUGUACACUUUCAGAGUAUUCCAGGGGUCCGGCGCGGGAAAGCACGAGCUGCUGCUAAACAAGUGCAAAUAGACAACAACGUUGUCGGUGGAGCAGCCUCCUUUUUUUUUUUUUUCAAAGCACGAAGCGACAAAGAAAAAGAAGUUUGUUCCACACUCGGCGAGAAAAAGCUGAAGUUCGGUACUUGUGCUUUAUUAGAAGCUCAACGUCGUCUGCUGCCGUAGUGCACGAGACAAACAGACGUACUCUAACAUCAGAGGCCUUCCUAACCUGUUCCUCCACCCGUCGAUGCACGCGUACUCUCUGUGGUGGAAACUGCUCGCGGGCAGACGCAGGGCCCCGAGCCAAGCCAAGGCCAAGACGCGCUCCAAGACGAAGACGAGGCGAGCUAAGCGCGAAGACUCCUCCGCGGUGGCCCCUCAAGAGGGACAUGGGCCUCAUAAGGGCCCCGUUCCCUCCGACGCUCGCGGCGAGAGCGGGGACGGCGUCACCGGAACCGUCCUCGGGGCCGUGGGCGUUCGGAGGCUCAAGACCAUGACUUCACGGAGCCGCGUUGGCGGCAAGUACAAGGUCAACAACCAGAACCUGGAGAAGUUCGAGCAGAUCCUCUCGAAGAUUCCCGAAGGCGAAAAGACCAAGGCGACGCAGUCCUCGGCUUCGCUGCCAGAGAGGCGUGACGAUGCUUGCCGCACUCCCGUUCAGCAGCCCGUCGAGAGGGCCGGCCCGGACAUCAGCCCGUCCGCGACAAUGGGCAGUUCAGUCACGGCCGAGUACGAGCUGUUCUGCAAGGCGUUCCACAGCGAGGCCAAGCAACUGCUGCCCGACGAGGAACAGGAGAAGCCGUCCAUGAACCCGAUGCGGAAGCUGCUCCAGCAGGCCUCCGAAGCGGCCGCCAAGGGCCUGCAGCUGCAGCGAGUCACCACAGCGGCCGGCACGCCCCCUAACUUGAUCUCCGGCAGACUCACGAGGCGCGCCCCGGAAACGUACGCAGCGCCAACAGUGGCGUCGAACGCGUUGGUCGCGACGCUCGCCUGAGUCGGGCGUUGGGAACAUAGAGUCUUUCACUAUAUUACCCAGAUAGAAAUCUGGCGCUGCUGCGCUGUGGCACGCAUGGGAAUGCCGGUAUAUUGUGUAUUCGGAUUGGCAUCGUUCUCGGAGAGCCAGGCAGGCACCGUUCUGUCCAUCAGAAUGAUUAAUUUUCUACUAAAAGAGCACGGAAAAAGCUGUUUUAGCGUUAUUACUACAGAAAAACAUGUUUUGUUGAACUAUCAGAACUCGCUGCUGCAUGUACAAAUUAUAUGAAACGUAAAAAGUAUCAGCGGGCCGCUAAAGUUGGAGGACGGACGACAAGAUUCGUGCUCGCUUUGGAACAGUUUGUCGUCUGUUCUUGCUUUUCUUCGCUUGGUUAUGCAUUUUAGGAGAGUAGAGAUGUAAUAUGCGUGAAUGGAAACAUUUUAUGAAGAUCUUACUUUAAGAAUGCGUUAUUUGUGUCGCCAUAUCCACGUUUUAGACGAAGCCUCUUACAACACUAGCCAACACAAGCCUAGCAAACGCGUAUACCGUCAUUCCCAUGACGGCACAGGGCUCCUUAGGAAACUCCCAUAGACGGUCGCGCCAGGUUUCCCUACAGGUGUUAUAGUGAGAAACUCUAUGGUUGUGAACGAGGGCCACACUUAUAGACGAUUAGCGGGCAUUGCGUGCGCUGUCGGUGUUGUAGAUCUUCGUGUUUAGAUGACAGUUCUCACUCGUUCUCGUCACGCUGUCACAGGACUUACACAGGGCGGGGACCGGAAGAAGCAACGAGAAACGCGCGCAAGUUUAACAUCUCGUAGCCUCGCAUCUGUUUGCUUCAUGUGGCGCCGUCUUUCGUGAAAUGCCGCAGAUCGGUACGAAAGGCGUAGCAUGGAGGGGGAGGGGGGAGGGGGGGGGGGGCGGUGGAGGUGCGGUAUUCUGUGUGUGCCCACCAUGUGUACAUGACCGCUUCGUCCGCUGCUCAAGUGCUGAUUGGCUGGAGACCCCUGUCUCCUCCUGACGUGUACACCAGCCCAGAGUACCCUCUCCCCUCCCCCCUCCCAUUUUCCCAGCAUGAUGUUUCGAACUAAAAUUAGCAGAGGGAGCUCUGACACUGUGAACGUACAGCCACCGUGGGAAUUGUCGGCAACAUUUGCGUUUGUCUAAUCUUGACGCGUUUUGCUUCAAACGACCUGGUGCAUGCCCUUACUUAUGAAGCGUGGUGUUUCUUUAAUUACCUAAAAUAUUCGAGCAAUCGUAAUCGAAACGCACGAAAUGCCCUGCACGCGUGCACAAUCGUAAAGAAUUGUUGUAAUCCUAAAAAAAGCAAUAUUUCGUCAAAUCAGAUCAAUUUGCAAAGUCAGAAAGCCUUUCGAAGCCACUAUAAGACUACGUUUAGGCCAAAUCCAUAUACUACACACCGCGGCCCACGCUGGCAGACACGCCAUGCUUCCGGCUCGCAUUGACACUAGCGCCACAUUCCCCCCUAGUAAUUGUUCUAGGAAUAUUCUACGCGCAGAAAAGGAACGCCUUUGUCAACGCGUCACAUGUCCCCGUCAUAACGGGGGAAGAAGUUCGCAUGUAUAACUUAGCACGUACAACGAGCUUUCUCAGAUGUUUCUUUGUGAAUUGUGCUUCGCGUUCAUUUCGUAUUCAUAUCCGAUGUCCCCUGUUUCCCCCUUCUCGAGUGAAUGGGUAGCCAAAUGGGACUUCGCAGUGCUCGUGAACUUCGCACACCAGUACGUCACACUGCGGAAAGUAUAGCGAGAAAACAUUGCGACACUGAGACAGUGAAGAUUUCUGAAGGCCAUUCGAAUGAUAUUCACCUAAAAUAACUUGCAGUGCUGACCAAUGCAGUUGGCAGCUCGAUGAAGAGCCCAUGGCCGGCAGUAUUCUCAAGACCUUCUCACGCUAGAAUUGUUCGGAAGAGAAGCUUCCGGCGCAAUCUUCACGCUGAGCGUAUUGUUAAACUAAUGCGACCGGCACUGGCAAAAAGCAGUUGCGACAGAAAGGCUUCGUUGAAUUCGGCCCCAGUGACCCGAGUUCCUCCGCGUCGGCGCGAUUACGAAGCACGCAACGGGCGUAGUAGUAUAUCGCGUAAACAAGCAAAGCGAAAUCAAAACUUGUCGGUGACGUCAUGUCGCCGGUGACGACAUCUCGUGGUAUCGCAAAGUUUCGUAUUUUCGUACCCUUUUUAUGGCUCAGAUAAGAAAAAAAAAAAUACAGCGAAAUUUCACGAGUUAUGUGUUGGCUCAUUAUUGGAUGCCAACUAAUUUUGUACACUUAAAGCAGUUGUAGUUAUGCCUGGAACUGACAAAAUCAAUAACGCCACGGGAAAAGGCAACGGUCUGUGAUUGGCUUACUAUAGUGCUGGUAUUUCAGUUUCGUCAGUUACGUAUCGCAAUUUUACCUCGCUCUAUGACAUACCGAGGCUCCGAUUCAAGCAAAACUUGCUCAUUUUGCUCUUCCCAGCUAUGCUGCCUGAACAUAUUGAGUCACUUUUCUAUCGGCGUCCCUCUGAGCGUAAUAAGCCAGUUUGGCAAUUGUCGAAGUGCAAAGCAAUCGGUCACUAAGUGGUAACCGCUGCGCAGUACUCUUUACCAUUCCUCUAGUCGUAAAAAAAUAAACGCUUUGUACCUUUUGGUGACGGCUCCUGUUAGGACAGUUACGUUAAGCCAAACGAUAGCGUGGCAGCGAGAGGCAAGCUAGCAACAGUGAUCAUCACCGCAUUUUCGCGACACCAUCUCCAGAUGACAAUCAUGGCGUCCGGCUGGCUCCUUAGCUGAGUCCGUUUUUUUAAUAUUCUUAUUAGAGAGCUUUAGUGCGUCUGGUAUUCCGGCAAGCGCGGGCGGUUUGCCGGAUGAGCGGGGGUGUAAACGUGAGCGGCCAGAUUGGUGGCGCCAGCUGGCGGCGCAAAGCUCAACCACCUAAACACCGAGCCAAUUACUAUAUUCUUAUUUGCUGGGGUGUAAGCUUUCAAAAGCGGCGUAAUUAUUAACACAAUUACGCCGCUGCCGAAAAUUUGCACCAGCAACGAAGCAGAAUAAGGUAUGUUACUGUAAUUUUAACUCUGCGUUUGCCUAGUUGAGCUGCACAACACCAGGCGGCUGCACCGCUCCGGCCGCUCAAGUUUACGCCCCCGACCAUCCGGUAAUCCGCCCGAACCGACCCCGUUUGCCGGAACAGCGGACACGCUAAAAGUCUCUAUUGUCAAAUAUUUUGUAUAUACGUUCUUACAUGGAGUGCACAGAGCAUACGAGUUCUCAGGAGCCAUUUAUAUUGUGUUUAGCAUGAGACUGUCUCGAAUGUUUGUGUAUUUAUUUUAUAUUGACGGUGUAGCGCUCAGAUGUCGUUCUUUCUUUACGUCGCCUUUCAUGUGUUUAUGAAUAAGUUUAAGUUUCUAAAUUAAGUUUCUAUUAAGGUCCUCAAGCCAACAUGCACCUACAAGAGCAAUUGGAUGAAUUUUUCGUUUCAACAUUUUCUGUUCGUAUUACCGCAAAUAUUGUUGCACAUGUGUUCACAUCGACUUGCUUUAAUGAGGUUCCUGUGCCUAGUGGUUGAGCUGCGUAUCGAAAGCGCAACUAGUAAACAACACAUAACCAACAAAAAGGGCAUUCACCACUUAUAAGUUUCUAUACCGCCUUGUCUUAUCGUUUACUAUCACACUGCAAUAUGUCUACUGAUGUGUAGCACUCGAACGUCAAGGGUUGUUGUAUACAAUUGGAGGCCAUCACUGAUUUAUUUGUAAUAAAUAUUGAUGUUUUCAUAUUGUCACAAUUACGUGUAUGCGAAUACAAAGGCGACAUGACACUUAUUUUGUUGAUCUCAAUAUUUUUCCAUCAGUCGCUGCCAGUGUCUUGUACUGAGCUUCGCAUUUUUUUUUUGCACUUUGUUACUUUCUAACAUUGUAAUCAAUUCGACAGUUUUCUUUUUUUUUUAGAACUACUUCUGACGGCAAGAGCUGCUGCCAAAUGAUUAUAGGCAACCAGCGGGGCGAGAUAAGACAAAGCACUUCGUAAAUGUAUGCCGGCGCGCAUGCGCGGUCACAUACAGCCGGCUUCGAACCACGUGUUACCUCCAAUUGUCGCCAACGUGUCGCCAACGGGCACCUGUAUCGCGCGCUCUAGGCCAGUGUCUUGACUUCCGUACUAAUUUUUUUUCUAUGUAUCUUUGCCGCGAAUUCACAUUCUAUUUUGUCGUAUGUGAACGCAUUCUUUUCCAUGUCGAGGAAUUUUCGACAGCUGGCCCUUUGGCAAUUUGUUGACCUUCACCGCAAUGCACCGACGUAACUCGAAGGGCCCGCAUUGCCUCCCCUUCCUCCCCCCCCCCCCCCCCAAAAAAAAACAGAUGUUAAAAUAUCAGCCGAAUUUCAGCAACUAACUUUCAAUCAGCAACGUCGUCGAGUAUAGGUAUGUCCUAUAAGGCACUUAACGCCGUAGCAUCUCUGCUGCGUCAGUGUUUUCGUUCUGAGAAAAUGACGGCCUCAACGCAGCGGAGAAGUUACGACAAAGUGCCGUAAAUGCGCAUGCUAUUAGAAGGGCAUACCUUCUCUACGUUGCAAGCUGAAACUUUUUCAAACUCGAUCGAGUGAUGUUUUGAAAUGUAUUACAUUUAAAAUACUGCCCAGUGAGUUACAUUGAAGUAUUGCAGUGAAGUUCAACAGAUGGCCAGAAGGGACGUGUCCAUAGUUCCUGGGUAUAAAAGCUGUCCUCUUAAGUUUAGAGCAUAUUUUAAACGCUCGAAUCUUUUUUUUCUGUUUUCUUUCCUUUUUGUUUGUCGUCGCAUCUUUUACCUCGUUUUUGCUUAGUUUUUCUUGUCAUUGACGUUAUAUUUUUUAGUGUCUAUUUUCUAGUUCAUGUACAUGUGCAUCCGUAUUCAGACCUUAGGGCGAUUCCUGGACGCCUUAAAUAAAGUUUUAUUAUUACA